CACUUUGAUGGAUGUUUACCAACAAAUCACCCAAAAGAGGCCCUCUAGUAAUCACCAACAGACAAAAAUAUCCAUUGGACGAUGAAUAAUCGAUUAUACGAUUGAAGCCGAGUGAGAGACAGAGUGAGCAUGGCCAACGUCCAAGAACACCAUGAGAACGGAGAAAAGGCACGCCAGACAGACAACGUGGACCACCCGCCGUCCCUCGGGAUAGCCCAUGAAUUCGCCAAACCCAUGAGCGUCCCCGCUCAAACCGCCAGACCCACUUUGGCCCCCAACCAGCUCUCCCAUUCCGAUGAACCCGUGAAAGCGCCGCCAUUACCAUCCGAGGGGCUCACGUCCGGCUCCGUCCCCCCGCCCAACCCGACCAACCCGCCCAAGCCGACGCCCCUCUCAGCUCACGCCUCGCCCGAGACGCCGGUCACAGCUAAGACAGUGCCCCGUCUGGACUAUGAAGCCCCGCCGUGGAGUGGCCUGGCCCCGCCCGGUUAUCAUCUAGAGGUCAUUAAGAACGGCUCGAUCGUGUCCACUCACGACUUGAGCGGGCUUGGGGUGUUCACCAUGGGGCGUUGGACCGAGUGCCAUCUCACGUUGGACCACCCCUCAUUGUCCCGCUAUCACGCGGUUUUGCAGUACCGCUCCACGCCGGAUCCGCCCCGAUAUCCGGCCGGGUUCUACUUGCAGGAUUUGGAUUCCACCCACGGGACCUAUCACAACAAGAAACGGUGCUUUCCCCGCAAGUUCUAUCCGCUCCGCGUGGGUCACACCGUGAAAUUGGGCGGCAGUUCCCGAUUGCUGAUCCUCCAAGGCCCGUCCGAAGAUCAGGAAGCCGAGAGUGAGCUCAGUGCCCAUGAGCUCAUGGCCCAAGCCAACCACCACAAAGCUCAGGCCCAGAUCCAAGCCCAAGCCCAGCGGGAGCCAAUUGAGCGUGCUGAAGCCGCGGAAAAAGAAAUGGGCGUGUCUUGGGGCAUGGCGGAGGAUGCGCAAGAAGAACCGGACAUGGACCACAAUCCCUUCGCCCUUCCGGACCAAACGGACGAGUCCCUAUAUUUGGAUGACCCCAAACGCACUCUGCGGGGUUGGUUUGAGCGCGAGGGUCAUGACCUGGAGUACGAGUGUGUGGAGCAAGGCUAUGCCACCUUCAAGUGCACCGUCACGUUGCCAUUGGAGACGGGUUCCGUGGUGGCCGAGAGUGUGGUCAAGGGCAAGAAGAAAGAAGCGGUCGUCCAAUGCGCGUUGGAAGCGUGUCGAAUGCUAGAUCGCCUGGGUCAGCUGCGCCAAUCGCAUCAAGAAAGUCGGGCUAAGAAAGUGAUCAAGCGGUGGGAAGACGACGAUUUUUAUGCCAGUGACGAAGACGAAUUUCUCGACCGCACGGGCACCAUUGCCAAGAAGCGGCAGGUGCGCAUGCAAAUGGCCGGUAAGGGUGAGACCCCAGCCGUGGAAACUUUUGAAUCCUUGACCCUCAAACAUGAACGUGUGAUGGAGGAGAAGGCGAAAGCCCAGCACGAACUUAGUGUAGCCGUUGAGCAUUCCAAACAGUCCAAAACCGAGACCGACGAUUUGGAUCAAUUUAUGGCCAGUUUGAAGUCCGGUGGCAAUCAAGACAAAAGUACCAUCAGUAAACUAAAGCUGAGAGUGACCGAGCUACAAAAGGAGGCUAGCCAAUUAGAAAAGCUCAUAGAAAUAACUCGACCCACGAGUUUGCCCGCACUUCAAGCCGCUAGCCAUCCCGCCUCGCCCUCGUCUGUAGAUUCGACUUCGAAACCCAAGUCUAGAUUUGCCGGUGUUUUAGUCGGCAAACGAGGUGCGUCCAACAAAUUGCGUACUAUCGCCACUACUUCCUCAUCUAGGAAGCCAUCUUGCUCAAGCUCGCCAGAUGUGCCGUCUCAGGUGGCGUUAGACGAGACGGACUCAAAACCAUCGGCCGUUAAAGAGAUCCAGACAAAUGUCAAGAUCUCAUCAUCACCUGAGCUCUCGAAGUCGCCGGGUCCUAGCCUUCAAGCCUCAUCUGGAGGGAUCAAUCACGAACCUGGUGCCAUGCAAGCCCAGACCAUUUCUCCCCCUCAAAAGAGCCCAACUCGGGAGCUUGGUUCUCUCCAAGCCAAAGUAGAUAGAACGGCUCAAAAACGGAAGAAUGCUAUAGGUUCCAAAAAAACCGCCCUGGACCAUGGAAGUUUAAAGCGAACGGUGGAGAAAUGCCGUAAAGAUGAAGAAAAGGUGCAAGGUGAUUACGAUAGCUCCGAUCCCAAGUAUGCCACAUGGAUGCCACCAGAAGGGCAAAGUGGCGAUGGACGGACAAGUUUAAAUGAGAAGUAUGGUUAUUAAAUCAAUAAAACUGCCCUAACCAUACGAUUGGUUGUAAGCUCA